AAUACUUUCCUUUCCCAGGUUUUUCAGUUCUUGAAUGCAAAAUGUGAGUCUGCAUUCCUUUCCAAGAGAAACCCCCGUCAAAUCAAUUGGACUGUUCUAUAUAGGCGUAAACACAAGAAAGGACAGUCAGAAGAGAUACAGAAGAAGCGCACGCGCCGUGCUGUUAAGUUUCAAAGGGCUAUUACUGGUGCAUCUUUAGCUGAGAUUAUGGCUAAACGAAAUCAGAAGCCUGAAGUACGAAAGGCGCAGAGGGAGCAAGCUAUUAGGGCUGCAAAAGAAGCCAAGAAGGCUAAACAGGCAACUAAGAAAACAGCUGUUUCUGCUGCAAAGGCUCCCACAAAGGCAGCACCUAAGCAGAAGAUUGUGAAACCAGUGAAGGUUUCUGCUCCCCGUGUUGGUGGAAAGCGCUAAUUUGCCAAACUGUUAGCGGUCCUGAAUAAACACUUUCAUAACUUG